AUGUCCGACGCUGUAGCUGGCCAACCUGCAGAGCAAUUAAUGGAGGAGCCACCGGUAUCGAUUCAAAAUCGUCGGAAAGAGAAAGCACCACACCGCCGUUACGGCUUCGCGUGCUCGAGCUGCAGAAAGCGCAAGGCCAAAUGUAGUGGCGAAUUUCCUUCCUGCAAUGCGUGCACCUUGCGAAGGGAAAGAUGUUCAUAUGAAAAGUUGUGUGUCCAAUUCUUGAUACAAACCACUACUAACGAAAAUCACCACAGGCCAUCAGUUGCGUAUACUGUCGCGAUUCAGAAUCAGCUCAAAGCGUACCAAGCUCGCUUUGAGGAGCUCCGAAAUGCUUCUACAUCUGAAAGAGAAUUUUUACUUGACCAGCCUGUGAUUGCUAACAACCCUGGCCGAUCACUGUCAAGAGAUUCGCCUAUGGAUGAAGAAAUCAUCGAAAACGACCGUGAUAAAGCUCCCGAGGAGAGACUAAACGAGCUCCCAGCAGGAAGUAUUGACCCCUAUUCGGAAGCAUCUGUUGACAGUACGGGUCGGGUUUGUUUCUACGGCCCUACUAGCUUGUACCAUGUCGAACCCCAGUCUGAAGAUACGUUAGAGCUGUCGGUGGAAACUCACAAUCAAAUUGAUGAGCCGGGGUUUCCGAAGACAGAUUUUCCAGCCGCACCGAUUGGAUCUGCCGAGAACUUCAUCGCGUCAGAAAUAUCAUCGGAUCUACAGAACGAGCUUUUGGGGGUCUACUGGUGCUUCCCUCAUCAUUUUCAUUUGGUUCUCUGUAAAAGCGUGUUUUUAAGGCAUUAUGCGACACCAUUCCUACUGAGUACUGUACUAGCUCAGGCCGCGCGAUAUUCUGAUCAUCCGGAUGCUACGCAGGUUGGAAACCACUUCGCAAGCCGUGCUUUGCAACUGUUACCAAAAGAAAUCGAUCGUGGCAGUAGUUUCACAGCGAUACAAGGCCUACUGAUCCUUUCAUCACGAGAGUGUGCCUGUGGCCGAAUCUCACAAGGCUGGCUUUUCUCAGGAAUAGCGUUCCGGAUGAUGCGCGAUUUGGGGUUGCAUGUAUCUCAAAAGAAACUUGGCCCCCUUGCUCGCCAGUACACCAAAGAGCACUUGUCCCUACGCCAGCAACUCUUCUGGAGCUGUUACACAUGGGACAAAUCAAUGAGUCUCUGUCUUGGGCGAGCGCCAAUUAUUCACGACUAUAUCGAGAUACCUACUCCAGACUGUUUGGUCGAUGGAAGGGAAACUGAUCAAGAGCCGUGGAAACCACCUAGCGAAGAGAGACACGGCCCUCCGGGUCUGAUCACUCAACCAACGCUAAGUGCGGCACGGUUUGCAGCUUACUGUGAGCUUUAUGUGAUUGUUUCCGACAUACUGGACAUGUUAUACCUAAGACCUCGAAAUACCCAGCGACCUCAACUGCUGGGAUACCUCGACACUACGUUGCAGAAAUUACGAAAUUGGUCCUCCAAAUUACCAGACGGGCUUCUCAUACAGCAUGAAACCGGUGCUGCUACAUGCCCCCCGUCACACAUCCUUUUGUUAAAUCUUGUCCAUCAGGCAACAAUCAUACUGCUUUGUCGACCGUACCAGAGUGUCUGUACUCGAGCCAUGGAGUUGUGUAUCAAGUCGGCCAAAAUGAUUGACACGCUUUUCACCAUGCACAUGCGACGCUUUGGAUUUCGCUAUCUGACCUACCUUCAAUCAUACACUUUAUUCGUUGCAUGUACAAUCAACGUUGUCGACUUAUAUGAAAACCGCGCACCUUCAAGUGCGGCCAGCGCGGGGCAAACAAGUGUGACAGGUGCAAAAUUUGAUAAGCAACUCGCAGAUGAAGCAAGCAGCAGACUUGCUUUUGGGUUGAAAAUGCUUCGGCAAGCUUGGAGCACACCAUCCGCUGCUCGGAGUGCGAAUGUUCUAGAACAUCUUCUUCAGAGGACUUUUCAUAGUCCGCGAUCUUCUACAAUGGAGGAUAUGCCCGAGGCUGACCGUCAAUAUGGGUACGUCUCUCAUUCGACCCCAUCACCCGCCGACAAUGCUCAACGACGUGUCGUAGGGGCAGAGGCAGACACGGAAAAAAGAGUGGCUUUGGCACAUGCCGCAAAGGAUACAGAUGGGGAGGACAGGCAAAACCUGGCUUUUCCUUAUCACAGUUGCUCAGCUUAUGCAACUUCAAUGGGCCCUAUGGUGGAAAAUUCUAGGAUGGACGCUCCAGUGGGUGAUGCGAACAAUUUGGGGCCGCUGGGGUCGUUGAUUUCUGAAAUGCCGGAUAGCUCUGCCACUUAUUAUCCAAGGAGUGAAGACCUUACAGGGGCUGUUGAAACUCCUAUGCACUGGCUUACUGAGAACAUGCAUGACGACGGGAGCUGGAUGCUGAUGAUGGAUAUUGGGAGUCAUAAUGCACCCGUUACGGAUUAUUGGAUAGCACCCGAAAGUGGCAAUGAUUGA